AUGAAAUUUUUUAGGAUUGACAUUAGGAAACAUGCUAUGUUCUUUGUAGAAUCUGAAUAUGCCAAGCUCCAUAGGAACAAGCGCGCGGCCGAUGCACUGAAGAACACUACGGGAACUAAAAACACAGUAGACAGAGAAGCAAUUCUGAAGAUGAACAAACUAUUAUCAGCGAUAAAACCUCAACUUUGUCAUUCAAAUGGUGACACCUGUCCCCCAGGCCCUCCUGGUCCACCUGGACCGAAGGGAGAUAAAGGAUCCCGGGGACGAAGAGGACAAAAAGGACGAAUAGGAAAUAAAGGUGACCAAGGCAUUAUGGGAUCACCUGGAAAGAGUGGCAAGCAAGGCAUCAUGGGACCUGUAGGUUCGAAGGGUGAUGUCGGACUCAAUGGACAAAAAGGAGACGUGGGACCUGCAGGCAUGCCGGGAGCUAAAGGAGAACCUGGUGAAUCAAUUUCAGCUCCUGUUGUUGCUGUGUCCCCUAAAAAACUGACAGUUAACGAAGGUGGAUCAGCCUCGUUUCAGUGUUCAGUGAGUGGUAAUCCUAAUCCUACAAUAAAAUGGAGUAAAACGAACAGACAGUCCAGUCGGUCAGUGGUUUCAGGAGGAAAGUUGCUUCUUAAGAAUGUGCGAGGAAGUGAUUCGGGUACCUAUAACUGUUCAGCGGUCAACAUUUUAGGACAGGCGCAGGCACUGGUGCAGCUGAUAGUAAAUGGUAAGAUCGUUAUGAAAUACAGAAAAUUUCAGAAAAUUGUUUGCGAGUAUGCUGUUGUCNAACAAGCGCGCGGCCGAUGCACUGAAGAACACUACGGGAACUAAAAACACAGUAGACAGAGAAGCAAUUCUGAAGAUGAACAAACUAUUAUCAGCGAUAAAACCUCAACUUUGUCAUUCAAAUGGUGACACAUGUCCCCCACUGCCCUCCCGGUCCACCUGGACCGAAGGGAGAUAAAGGAUCCCGGGGACGAAGAGGACAGAAAGGACGAAAAGGCGACCAAGGUUUUAUGGGAUCGCCUGGAAAGAGUGGCAAGCAAGGCAUCAUGGGACCUGUAGGUCUGAAGGGUGAUGUUGGACUAAAGGGACAAAAAGGAGACAUGGGACCCGCAGGCAUGCCGGGAGCUAAAGGAGAACCUGGUGAAUCAAUUUCAGCUCCUGUUGUUGCUGUGUCCCCUAAAACACUGACAGUUAACGAAGGUGGAUCAGCCUCGUCUCAGUGUUCAGUGAGUGGUAAUCCUAAACCUGCAAUAAAAUGGAGUAAAACGAACAGACAGUCCAGUCGGUCAGUGGUUUCAGGAGGAAAGUUGCUUCUUAAGAAUGUGCGAGGAAGUGAUUCGGGUACAUAUAACUGUUCAGCGGUCAACAUUUUAGGACAAGCGCAGGCACUGGUGCAGCUGAUAGUAAAUGGUAAGAUCGUUGUGAAAUAGAUAAAAUUGUUUGCGAGUAUGCUGUUGUCUAUUCCUGUACAUUGCAUUUGGCUUGGUCAAACCCUUCAUUCCAAAAUGAAGAGAAAAUGGAUAUCGUAUAUUGCUUUUUCACACUGUUAAUGCUUUCUGAGCUCAGGUCUCUACUCUAGCCUUUAGCAUUUUACAUCACCUUGUUUCGUUUAAAAGUAAGAUAUGAAAAGUCGAGAACGGCAACUAGGAUUAUUAAACAACACAUGUCUUCACUGAUCUUUAAUCAUUUGAAGUUGCAAGUGCUACAGUAAAAUAUUUGAACUUGCAAUAGCUGAUGUUUGAGGCGAAUUUAGAUAUGUGGUAACAGUUUUAAAUUAACGCCACAUUUGCGCUCAAAGCAAGAUAAUUAUCGAAUGGUACUUACGUGAGUUCAGAGAAUUUAAAUGGUAUUCUUUUUUGCUAGGUAGCCCGAAAGCUGGCAGGUUCUAGUUAAAAUUUAAAGACUGAGUCUUUGUUAAAUGUUUAUUCCUAUUGUUACUCAAAGCAAAGUUAACCAUACAAACAGAAGUAUUCUCUUUGUUAUAGUUUACCCCCGAGUUUCCCUUCAUCCGGGACCUCAUUACGCCAUCAAAGGAAAAAGUUACACUCUUCCAGUUUGUCACGUGACUGGAUACCCAGCACCAGUGGUCACUUGGAGAAAGUCAUCCGGUUCAUUACCCCAGGGAAGGGUGAAAUACAACAACAGUGCAUUACAAAUUCUGCAUCUUCGUAAAAAUGAUUCUGACCUCUACUUUUGUGCGGCAUCAAACCUUUUGGGACGUGUUGAAAGAAAAACUCUUUUAGUUGUUGUCUCCCCUCCUCGGUUUACUGUUAAACCACCUUCUAAAGUUGUCGCGCAUGUUGGUGGCAGUUUAAAGUUAAGCUGCAACGCUUCUGGUGAUCCAUCACCAGUGAUCACCUGGAAAAAGCAAGGAGGUCCACUGCCAGUUGGGAGGAGCCAACAGAUUAAUGGCGAUUUGGUGAUCAGAAGGGUCACAGUGAAUGAUAAAGGGAUUUAUAGUUGUGUUGCAACAAACGCUGGAGUGUUUAAGGCAGAGGCUGACACCUUCAUUGAGGUUAAAGGUAGGAAAGACGAGAGAGGAUGUUUCUGA